UUGGUUCAAAUUGGGCCUUUCUAAAAUUUGUCCAAGAAAACAGAGCUUGGUCCAGUCCGUGUAACCCUAGUUCCUAAAGCCAUUAAAACGCAGGGCAUUAUCACUCGUGGCCUUGUUUUCGCGGCGCACAUCAGAACCCUACUUCUUCAGAUUCCGGUCGCACGCGCCGUCACAAUGGUAAACGUUCCAAAAACGAAAAAGACUUACUGCAAGAGUAAGGAGUGCAGGAAGCAUACUCUGCACAAGGUUACCCAAUACAAGAAGGGUAAGGAUAGCAUCGCUGCUCAGGGGAAACGCCGUUACGAUCGCAAACAAUCCGGUUAUGGCGGACAAACUAAGCCUGUUUUCCACAAGAAGGCCAAGACCACCAAGAAGAUUGUCUUGAGGUUGCAAUGUCAGGGUUGCAAGCAUGUUUCCCAACACCCAAUUAAGAGGUGCAAGCACUUUGAGAUUGGUGGUGACAAGAAGGGCAAGGGAACUUCUCUUUUCUAGGUUGAGAAUUAGGAUUUGCAGCUUUUGCGUUUCUGCAAUGUUGGGAUGUUUUGUUUCUGUGUGGAUUUAUUUGCUAGUUAUAUUUAUUAUUUCGCAAUACCUUAUUAUGCGAUUGAGAAAUGAAAACUAACAUCAUUGAGUA